AUGUCUGACAACGCCGCGAAAGUCGUGGCCAAAUCGCUGGUCAAAGAAGCUGAGGAACUCAAUUUUCUCGUUCCAUCAUCAACUGACGUCGAUCCGAAGGCCAUCAUCGAAGUCGCCUUCCGAACUCUGCUCGGCAACGGCAUGACCAUCGUCAAGAUUGAGGAAAUGGUCGACGACGUCCUCAAUGAGCUUGAAGCCGAGCAGACCAACGAAGCCCUGAAGAGCAAGAAUUCGAAUGGCAAGGCUGCUACUGCCCGCCGCCCCGGGGCGGGGUUUCGCUGGAAUGAUUCGGAUGCCAAUUUCGAAACUGAGGCUGCUUCUUGGGAUGAUUGGGACUACGCCGGCGCCAGACCCGGGAAUUUGAAAGAAAAGUCCGCGGCAUAUUGGCCUCCUCUCCCGCCGCGUUCGCCUACUCCCCAGGAAUGGGAGGGGAGCUGGGACUGGUAUUGA